AUGAACUCAAGCGAAUCAAAUAAGUCGUGUGUCGUCGCCUUCCCCUCGGCGUUUCCCGUGUUGUUAUUGAUGUCAAACAUUGCAGCUGUCGGUGGAGACGAGAAAAACACUAAUAAAUUUCAUUUUCGUGACAUCAUUGUUGAGAAAUUUGCAAACGAAUUUGCACAAGCAUUACACAAAUGUGUUCAAGGAUCGGCGCUGGGGGCCGCCGGUCGCGUAAGGCGACGACGGCUGUUGAAGGAAGGAGCCGCCGUCAUGCGGACGCACAGCCGAGCCGUAGCCGUCCGUCCGUCCGUCCGACCGACCGACCGCGCCAUGCCACGCCCCCCUUGGGACAAAAGAAUGUACGAGGACGAAGCAGCUUGA